AUGAGUCAUGAUGAUAUUAAGAUUGAUGAACUGGUUGUAACUAAGCUUUUCCGUAACUUAAAUGCUUGUAAAUCUAGUGGACCUGAUGGCAUCUUUAGUAAGAUUUUAAAGGAAUGUGCUAAGGAACUUUCCCCUCCCUUCCAAAGGUUAUUUCAGAGUUCAAUUGAUGCAUCUUAUGUACCAAAGUUAUGGGAAAAAAUUAUAAUCUCGCCUAUUGCUAAGAAACCAAACCAAAAAGAAAUGAAUGAUUUGCGGUCUAUUGCCUUAACCAGUGUUCCUAUAAAAUGUCUAGAAAAGGUUGUUAAGGGGCAAAUCUUUGAAAACGUUAAAAAUGAUCUUGAUGACUAUCAAUUUGCUUAUCGUUCAGAUAGAAGUGUUGAGGAUGCCGUUCUCACUCUUCCAAAUGGCAUCUAUGAGCACCUUGAUGAUCGAAGUGUUAACUGUGUUAAAAUUGUAUUCAUUGACUUUGCUAGUGCCUUCAAUACGACGCAACCGCAUGUUUUAGCACGUAAACUAAUCGACCUUAAGGUGAAUCCAAUACUUAUUUAA